GCCCGAGGGCCGAGAGUGCUGGGCGGGCUACAGGCUCAGAACGGACCCCGAGCCCACCGCCCUCCUGUACCUGCUGUCGGACCCUCCGCCGUCGCCCGCACGCCAGCGCGCAUGCGCACAGAGCCGCCCCGGAACCGGCAGUGCGCAUGUGCACGGGAGCGCGGUUAAAACGGCUUGUUAACGGCUCUGCGAUCCGACGGGGAAUCGGUGGGAGCGUUGAGAAGGCGCCGGGACGAUAAUGAAACACCGCCACACACCUUCCAGUAAAAUGGGGAAGACCACUGGUGGGAAAUCAGCAAAAAAAGCUUUGAAAUCACAAAAUCAACCAGGGCCUUCCAGCAAAAAAAAGGGAAGAGAUGGAGAAGGAAGAAAACAAGUUCAAAAAAUAAAGCAGGUCGCUCAAACAGUCAAAAGGAAAGCAACGGAAGAUGAGGACUAUUCUGCUGCAGUGUUAACAGGAGAAAAAGGUCUUUCGAAAAAGAUUGCACUAACCAGCACUAAAAUAGAAUCUUGGCAGAGUCUCUCAGAGAGCAGCAGGCGGUUUCUGGAAACUGUAAUGGAUUCAGUAAUACUAUCUAUUUUGUGCCAACAAAGUGGGAGAAACUAUGAUGUUCAGAAACACCUUAAUUUGCUGAAAGAAAGGGUGCUGAGAUUUUUCAAGACUUUAAAGGUGCCUCAAGGGAAGCUGAGCAACCUGAAGAACGUCCUGAGGCUUCAAAUGGCAGAGAAGCAAAUGCUUGAGAGAAAUGAAGAGAUUUUGGUACAACUGAAGGAAGAAAUAAAGGAAGCUGAGAGAUCAGCAGAACACAUUGAAGAAACUACGCAGCAACUGCAGUACAAAAUCCAGCAGCUCAAGAACGAGUUAGAAGAAGAUGAAAAAAAGGCCAGGAAGAUAUUUCAGGUAGACGGCAGCGGAGUUCUCCACCUUCCAGAACUCCCCAAGCGCAGUUUACAGGCACCCACUUUGCAGGAAGAAAUUCUGAAGAUAAAAAAUCAGAAAGGUCUUUUAAAGGAUAUGAACACUAUUCAGCAGUCAGCUGACUUGAAGAACAUGUUAACCCUUAUUGAAAAGACCUAUGAGAAGGUGGACUUGCUUUGAGAAAUCAAAAAUAUGGAGUCUCCUUUGAAGCAAGAAAACCUAUUCCAGCACACUGUGUUAAUGUAAAGUAGCAGGAUGCUGAUCAUGGAAACUGUUUUCUUCCUAAAUGGCUUUACUGUAGUGACUGCUGUAUUCCUGUUAAAACAUUUUCUGUAAAUAUUGCUAUAUAAAUCUGUAGAUGUAUUCUGGGACUCUAGUGAGUUAAAUGAUCAAUCAAGGUCUUUUUGGACCUGCGAUUACUUAUAAUUAUGAUGUAUAGCCUUAGGAGAAGGGAGGGGGAUGGAUUCUGGCUUUAUUUAUGCAUUUUUAUAGAAUAAGGUGACCUGUUUUGUUAUAUUUAGACUUUCAUAUCACAUUUGUAAAUUGGUGAAGGCAGUAUGUCUUACCAAACUAACUUUUGUUUUGGAGUUAAACCCUUUUUAAACCUUAAGCAUAUUUUUACUAUGUGUUUAUCUAAUGCUCAGUUGCAAAUCUCCUGUUCAGCUUUCUUACUGUUUUUCAAUAAAAACCUCCAUGGCAGGAAAUUGAAUAA